AGUCACCACAUAUUGGUGAAGCCUUCUUCGACCUUUCUUCUUUGCUUCACCUUGUAGCAAAUACAAAAUCAAAUACGAAAACUAUAUAACUAUAAAUUAAUCUCCAAUACUGAGCUAUUCUUUCAUAAAAAAAAACACUAAAAAAUAUUCAUCAUGAAACACUUUUUAGUAAGGUCAACAACACAAGCUCUGCUCCGCAGAAGUCGGAACUUCUCCACUGCAGCGAUCGCUCAGCCGAGACACCACCACGGCGGCGGCACGUAUGGAAGCUUCUACUUGCAGAGGAUGUCUACUCUGCCAGAGAAAAAGGAUCAGCAGCCAGAGGAGAACAAGAACGAGACCAACAAUAAGAACAGCAAAGCCGUCGUUUCGAGUUACUGGGGGAUCGCUAGGCCUAAGCUUCUCAAGGAAGAUGGAACUGAGUGGCCAUGGAAUUGUUUCAUGCCAUGGGAAAGUUACAGCUCAGAUGUAUCCAUAGAUGUCACAAAGCAUCAUGUCCCAAAAACAUUUACGGACAAGUUUGCUUUCAGAUCUGUCAAGUUUCUAAGGGUUCUCUCCGAUUUGUAUUUCAAGGAACGCUAUGGUUGCCAUGCAAUGAUGCUGGAAACAAUUGCAGGUGUCCCUGGAAUGGUAGCAGGGAUGCUUUUACACUUGAAAUCUCUGAGAAAAUUUCAACACACUGGUGGUUGGAUCAAAGCGUUACUUGAAGAAGCGGAGAACGAGAGGAUGCAUUUGAUGACAAUGGUUGAGCUUGUGAAACCAAGUUGGCAUGAGAGGCUUUUGGUUAUUACAGCACAAGGUGUUUUCUUCAAUGCAUUCUUUGUGUUUUACAUUCUCUCGCCGAAAACAGCGCAUAGGUUUGUUGGUUAUUUGGAGGAAGAGGCUGUGAUUUCAUAUACACAGCAUUUAAAUGCAAUUGAAAGUGGUAAAGUUGAAAAUGUACCUGCUCCUGCUAUUGCAAUUGAUUAUUGGAGACUUCCUAAGGAUGCAACUCUUAAGGAUGUUAUUACUGUUAUUCGUGCUGAUGAGGCUCAUCAUAGGGAUGUCAAUCACUUUGCUUCUGAUAUUCAUCAUCAAGGAAAGGAAUUGAAAGAGGCUCCAGCUCCUAUUGGCUAUCAUUGAGUCAUUGUUUGUCUAUUUUUUUUCUAUGCUCUAGUCUUUGUCGUCUAAACUUUCAAGUUGUGCCUGAACUGUUCAAUAAAUAAAAUGUAUUUUCAGUGUGCAUUUUUUAA